AUGUUCUUGUGCAAGGGCGAGAGUGAGUUGCCAAUGCCGAGAAUAGAGGUGAAGGAUGUUGGUCUACUCUCAUACCCAGUGCGUCAAGAUCAGUUGCAAAGUAUGAUUGGACGAGCCACCCGUGCACCAUUUGGCAAAGGAACCGAGACAAUCACCGACCUCAGCGUGCGACGAGUCUGGCAGAUACAAAGCACUGACGUCAACAUCACUGGCCGCCACUUCCAAGCCUACUUUGACACGAUCACCAAAAGCAUCAAGGAGUCGAUGGGUCUGACCAACGAAGAGGUCACCGCAGAGUUGUACAAGCUACUGGUCUAUGACAAGGGCAGCUUCUUCCUGCCACAUCGCGAUACUGAGAAGGCUGACAACAUGUUUGGAACACUAGUGUUGUCAUUGCCAUGUCCACAUCGAGGUGGAGACCUGGUGGUCAAUCACUCGGGUCGUGAUGAAGUGGUGUCAUUGGAGAAUGACUCAAUGUCAUUGAUCAAAUGGACCGCAUUCUUUGCCGAUUGUCAACAUGAAGUCAAGCCUGUCACUGAAGGAUGCCGUGUCUGUCUCGUCUACAACCUGUUGAGAUCGGGAGGCACCAAAGUUAACAUCAACCCAGAGUCUGAACCCAUAAUCAAUGCAAUCAAUCAAUCCAACUUCACAUUGGAGUCACUCAAGGGCAGUGAUGCAACAUUGGCCCGCACACUACUUGCUUUUGCCGAUGAGCAAGGACAAUCCAAAGUGAUAUCCGAUUGUGAGUCUGAUGUAUCCGGCUUCUUGACUGUCUUUGGAAUAUUCUGA